UUGCGUAAUCCUGUUUUGAAGAGGAAACCAUAAAAUUUUCCUGAAUGUUGGAGAAAGUGAAUUAGCUUAAAGUUUUGAAAAAUGUCCCUUGUUGCAUACGAUUACAGUAGUGAUGAAGAUUCCGGUCAAGAAGAAACCGACCCAGUACCAAGCACAGUUGUUAACAAAAAUGAGAAUGGCUCGGUUCAGUUGGAACAGGAAUCUGAAUCAACAUCAGAGCCAACUAACGAGAUAAACAAAGUAAUACAGGAGGAACCAACUAAUCAUCUUCAUCUACCCACUCCAAAAAUUUUCACGCUUAAUGGAGUUAGUGUCGAAGAAGAAGACGAUGAAUUCCUACGAAAAAAAGCGGUCCCAAUCGAAAAACCCACUCCACUGAUUCCUCUAACAAAGGCAAUCCAUUCAAAGGUAAAGAAUGGGAAAGUUCAAAUUAGUAUUCCAUCGUUAAAUGAUUUUUCGAUUGAUGAGACUAAGGAUAAACCUAAACCUAAGGCCAUCAUCGGUGCAGAACUUCCAAAUCGAACUACCGGGUUGCUUAAUAUGCUUCCCAAACCGAAGUCCGAAAUGGCGUUUCCCAUUCAUUCAACAGUACCUGGAACAGGGCAGUCGAAGUCUGCUUUUAACAUGUUGGUACCAGAUUCUGUGACGCAACGUUCCAAAAAUGCAAAACAGCCACCUAAAAAACCUCUUCAAAAACCUACUGUAUCAAGUAAACUUGAUAAUAAAGAAAGUGAUGACAGCGACGGCGAUGAUGAUGAAAAAUUAGAUUUCUUCUCCUUCAACAAUGAUGAAAAAUUACCGGAAAUAAGUACAAAUGAAAUCAAUGCUAUGGUAGCUAAACGAGCAGCCCGAAUGGCUAAAGCAGCUAAAGAUUUCGAAGAAUUAUCUAAUCCCCAAGAAGAGAUGCAACCAGGACCAAGUGCUAGCCAAUCAAACCCUGCACUAUACACGCACGAGAGCGAACAGAACUUAGCUAGCGAUCGAGCUAUAUCGUCGUUGAUAGGUGGCAAUAAAGCUAAACGGGCCAAGUUGGACGAAGUGCAGAUUAUCGAUAUCAACUCAUCGGACAUUGUACCUAACGAGGAAGACUUCAUGAGACGCAAAUUGAUGGACGAAACGGGUUUUGUGGCCACAGGAAAUUUGACGGGCGAUUGGACCUGCACCAGCAAGCGGAAGUCCCAUAUCACCUAUCUGGCUUCGAAGGCUAUGGAAAACGCCCAGGAACUGGAGGCCAUGUGGUCUGCCAAUCGACAAAGUCGCCGACAAACGCAGAGCAAAUAUGGGUUUUAAUCCGAUGAAACGUCCAAUAAAUGUCUAGGCUAUGCAAACUGUA